UCUCACAUCGCCACGAUGCAGCACACGAAAUCUCGGCGGAAAGUGGCUCCGUCCGCUGCGGAAAACGGCGACUCUGCUGAAAAACUCGACCAGCUGCUCCUCUCCUCCGCCAUCUGCAACGGCGAGGAUGUGGGCCCAUUCGUCCGGAAGGCCUUUACUUCCGGGAAGCCCGAGACGCUGCUCCAGCACCUCCGCCACUUUUCCCGCUCCAAGGAGUCCGAAAUCGAGGAGGUCUGCAAGGCCCACUACCAAGACUUCAUCCUCGCCGUGGACGACCUCCGAUCUCUCCUCUCCGACGUCGAUUCCCUCAAAUCUUCCCUCUCCGAUUCCAACGCCAAUCUCCAGUCCGUCGGCCUCCCUCUUCUUUCCUCCCUCGACGCCUUCGUCGAAGCCCGAAACGUUUCCCGAAACGUCAACCUCGCGCUUGAAUCGGUCCGAAACUGUAGUCGUUUGUUGGAGCUCUGCUCCCGAUCCAAUCACCAUCUUUCCAACAGCAACUUUUACAUGGCGCUCAAGUGCGUCGACACAAUCGAGUCCGAGUUCCUGGUCAAAACGCCAUCGUCUACGCUGAAGCGGAUGCUGGAGAAGAAGAUUCCAGAUAUUCGGUUGCACAUCGAACGGAAAGUCAGCAAGCAGUUCGGCGAUUGGCUGGUGGAGAUCCGCGUGGUGAGUCGGAACCUGGGUCAAUUGGCGAUCGGUCAAGCUUCAUCGGCGAGGCAACGGGAAGAGGAUCUGAGAAUCAAGCAGCGGCAAGCGGAGGAGCAGAGCCGCCUCAGCCUCAGAGACUGUGUGUACGCUUUGGAGGAAGAGGACGACGACGGACUCGGCGGCGGUGGGGUUGGAGAUGACGGUUUGAAUGGCGGAGGUGGAUUUGAUUUGACUCCCUUGUACAGAGCUUAUCAUAUACACCAGACUCUAGGGCUUGAAGACCGAUUCAAGCAGUAUUACUACGAGAAUCGAAAGCUUCAGCUCACUUCCGACUUUCAGGUAUCUUCCAUGACUCCGUUUCUUGAAUCGCAUCAAACUUUCUUUGCCCAAAUCGCCGGAUUUUUCAUCGUUGAGGAUCGAAUUGUGAGGACCGGUGGCGGUUUGGUAUCGAAAAUGGAGGUUGAGAAUUUGUGGGAAACUGCUGUGAGUAAAAUGUGUGCUGUUUUAGAGGAUCAGUUUUCUAGGAUGCAAACUGCCAACCAUUUGUUGUUGAUUAAGGACUAUGUGAGCCUGUUAGGUGUAACAUUGCGUCGCUACGGAUAUUUGGUUGACCCCUUGCUUGAUGUUCUGAGCAAACAUAGGGAUAAGUACCAUGAGCUCUUGUUGUCAGAUUGUCGUAAACAGAUUGCUGAAGCGCUUUCCGCUGAUAAAUUCGAUCAGAUGUUGAUGAAGAAAGAGUAUGAGUAUUCCAUGAAUGUGCUUUCGUUUCAGAUACAGACGUCUGAUAUCAUACCGGCUUUUCCUUACGUUGCACCAUUUAGUUCGACAGUGCCUGAUUGUUGCCGCAUUGUAAGGUCUUUUAUUGAAGAUUCUGUGAGUUUCAUGUCGUAUGGCGGGCAGCUUGAUUUCUUUGAUGUUGUGAAGAAGUAUUUAGAUAGGCUGUUAAGUGAGGAUUUGGAUGGGGCUCUUUUGAAGUUUAUCAGUACGUCUAUCCAUGGGGUCUCCCAGGCAAUGCAGGUGGCGGCUAAUAUGGCUGUCAUGGAGCGGGCUUGCGAUUUCUUCUUCCGACAUGCUGCUCAGCUUUCUGGUGUUCCCUUGAGAAUGGUGGAGAGAGGGAGGAGGCAGUUUCCUCUAUGCAAAGCCCGUGAUGCAGCCGAAGACACACUCUCUGGGUUGCUUAAACAAAAAGUGGAUGGCUUCAUGAUGUUGAUUGAGAAUGUGAACUGGAUGGCUGAUGAGCCUUUACCGAAUGGGAAUGAAUAUGUGAAUGAGGUGAUCAUAUAUUUGGAAACUCUGGUUUCCACUGCUCAGCAAAUAUUGCCUCCUCAGGUUCUCAAACGAGUUUUGCAGGAUGUCCUUUCUCACAUAUCGGAGAAGAUAAUCGGGGCUUUACUUGGGGACACAGUUAAGAGGUUUACCGUACAAGCAAUUAUGAGCAUUGAUGUAGAUAUUCGAUUGUUGGAAUCUUUUGCAGAUAAUCAAGCUCCUCUACUCUCAGAUGAGGAAGCAAAUCAGUUGAAAACGGCAGUUGCUGAGUCAAGGCAAUUAGUUAAUUUACUCUUGAGCAAUCAUCCAGAGAAUUUUCUUAAUCCGGUAAUCAGGGAGAGGAGUUACUAUACCUUGGACCACAGAAAAGUAGUGCUUAUUUCAGAAAAGUUGAGGGAUCCUUCAGAGCGGCUAUUUGGAACCUUUAGUAGCCGGGGAGGCAGGCAGAACCCGAAGAAGAAAUCUCUAGAUACAUUGAUUAAAAGACUCAAGGAUGUGAGUUGAUUUUUUUAUAUAGUUGUACGUAUGAUCCUUGUCCUUCCCCCCUCCCCUAUAAGUUCCCUUAUUGAUUGUGAUUGGAAUUAUUUCAUAGCGUUUUUGUUCCUAACUUUGGGCUCGUUUGGAUGUGCUUUUAAAAUGACUGAAAGCGCUUUUAGAGAAAAUGUUUUUGGGUUCUAAAAGCACUUAAAGUGUUUUUUGCAAGAAGUACUAGUAAUGUGCGUUUUCAAGAUUUACUUGCAUCUUUACUUAAGAUUGGCUCUAAAAACAUUUUUCCUAAAAGCGCCUUCAGUCAUUUUAAAAGUACAUCCAAAUUAUUUGCGGAUGCAAAUUGUGGUCUUCGGAAUGUAUCACGGGACAUGCAAAUAGAUUCUUCUGUAUGUAUCAGGUUCAUAGUUACUCAUUGAUUAUUGUAUUGAUGAUUUAUUUUUCUGGACGUGGUUUAAGAUUUGCCUUA